ACCAUGGUCAGCUCCUGUUGUGGCUCCACCUGCUCUGGCCAGAGCUGUGGCUCUGGCUGCUGUUCCCCCUGCUGCUGCAGGCCUGCCUGCUGCUUACGACCUGCCUGCUACCAGAGCACCUGCUGCAGCACCAACUGCUACAGGCCCACCUGCAUUGUGUCCACCUGCUGCCGCCCCACCUGCUGUGGGUCCAGCUGUUGCCAGCCAAGUUGCUGCAGACCAAGGUGCUGCCAGUCUGUGUGCUGCCAACCAACCUGCUGCCGCCCCAGCUGCUGCCAGCCCUGCUGCCGCCCCAGCUGCUGUGUGUCCAGCUGCUGCCAGCCCUGUUGUCGCCCCAGCUGCUGUAUUUCUAGUUGCUGCCGUCCCAGUUGCUGCCAGCCCUGCUGCCGCCCCAGCUGCUGUGUGUCCAGCUGCUGCCAGCCCUGUUGUCGCCCCAGCUGCUGUAUUUCUAGUUGCUGCCGUCCCAGUUGCUGCCAGCCCUGCUGCCGCCCCAGCUGCUCUGUGUCCAGCUGCUGCCAGCCCUGUUGUCGCCCCAGCUGCUGUAUUUCUAGUUGCUGCCGUCCCAGUUGCUGCCAGCCUUGCUGUCGCCCCACCUGCUGCCAGACCACCUGCUGCAGAACUACUUGUUGCCGCCCAGCUUGCUGUGGCUCCUCCUGCUGCUGA